AUGCACACGAAGAGCGACUCGGCCAUGACGAGCCUGGCGGCGUCGUCCCCUCCGCAGUCGCCUUCACUCUACACGAUGAGCCCCACCCACUCCCACCACGACGCCGACGGGGUUUCCAUCGUCGGAUCCUCCCCUGGCGCAUCCCCUUUGCACCCCAACUACCACCACCACCGCUACGCUAGCUCCCCUAUCCAACAUUUCCGCGAUUCCUCCGCCUCCCUCAAGUACGCCUCCUCUUGGCGCAAGAUCCACAACCACCGUCAGCACGCACACUAUCACCACGGCGCCGCCUCCUCCGAUUGCUCCGAGUCAGAUGACGACGACGAUGACGGAGACGGCGGCGUCGGCGGAGGCGGAGACCCCGUACCGGUUCACUGCUACGCGGCCUGGUUCGCCCUGGGGUCCAUCCUCCUCUUUACCCUCUUCUCCCUCGGACUCUGGGGCGCCAGCAAGUCCUACAAGCCCGCGGUUUUCGUCAAGGGCGUGGUGUUCCAGAGCUACCAUCUCCAAGCGGGAACGGACGUCACCGGGGUGUCCACCAAGAUGCUCUCCAUCAACUCGACGGUCAGCAUUGCGUUUCGUAAUCCGGCCACGUUCUUUAGCGUCCACACGUCAUCCACGCCCCUGGUGAUGUACUAUUCGGAGCUCAAGAUCGCCUCCGGAUACAUGGAGGAGUUCAAUCUGUCCCGAAAGCGCGGGCGCGUGGUGGUCGUGGCGGUAGGCGGCAGACAGAUGCCGCUCUAUGGCGGGGGCUCGAGCCUGGAAAGCCAGGCCGAGGAAGGCGGCGCCCCCACGGUGGUGCCGCUGGAGCUAUCCUUCACGGUCCGGUCACGGGCGCACCUCCUCGGUCACCUGAUCACGUUCGAGUUCUACCGCCAUGUUCGGUGCUCCCUCGCCCUCCGCGAGGAACGCCUCGGCGAGCCCCUCGACCUCGCCGACGACUGUCAGUACGGUGACGGGUGAGGGCGGCAAGGAUGGGGUGAUUCGAAUUGAACUGGUGGUGGCUAGUGAUAAGCUUCCUCGAUCAAAGGUUACUAUUGCGGUGAAAUUUCUUUUAGAGGACAGAUGAAAUACUUAUAUUUUAUCAUCUUUUGGCAUCAG